CUUUUCCUAAUUUUUAUAUGUAAUUUUUGACAUUUCAUCAAAAUGACAAACAGUGACCCUGCUUGUGGGGGUUAUACACCAGCAAACAGUGACCCUGCUUGUGGGGAUUAUACACCAGCAAACAGUGACCCUGCUUGUGGGGGUUAUACACCAGCAAACAGUGACCCUGCUUGUGGGGAUUAUACACCAGCAAAUAGUGACCCUGCUUGUGGGGAUUAUACACCAGCAAACAGUGACCCUGCUUGUGGGGAUUAUACACCAGCAAAUAGUGACCCUGCUUGUGGGGAUUAUACACCAGCAAACAGUACGCGUGCCAGUGGGUGUUAGACGUUGGCCGUGACCUAUAGAGGAGACGUCUAUUUCGUUCUCGUAUUGAAGUGAAAACCGAGGACGGGAAAUCACGGGAAGUGACGAGUUAGAAAGCUAGCCAUUUCGAGAUUGAUAUAGUUUUAGAAAUAAAUCAUGCUCUUGUAAGUUAGAGUGUAUUUGGAGAUUUUAUGAUAUCAGAGCAGAUUGUAAAAUUUUAUCUUGAGAGUUUGUGGUAUCAGAUUGUGAUUUGAAUAAGUUCCGAGCCUUGUGCACUUGUGGGACCCGUCUCACGAAUGUACGGCGUCUGUCGCGCCUCGGAUUUAGGUUCUGGGGCGUGACAAUUAUAUCAU